AUGUUCGGCAAGCAGCUGGCCGUCUUCUCCCCCCGCCGGAAAAAAGGAAGUUCCUCCCGCUUCUUCUCCAAAAUUUCGGCCUCGCUCUCCGACAUCCCCGGCGAGGUCUUCCACUCCUCCCUCGAGACCGAAUCCGGGACCGAGCGCGCGUGGGUAUCCGCAGUUCCCUCCCGUUUUCGACUGCCGGAAUGGCCGCCGGAGCCUGCUCUUCGGGCUUGUCCUCAGGGUGAGCAUCUUCUCGUCGGACACGCAGAGCCAGUCGAGCGGCGGGGGCGGGGACCACAAGAGCGACACGCCCACCCCGGAGGGCACCAGGAAGAACGGCGAGGCGGGGGGUCGUCUUCGUCGUCUUCGUCAGCAUCCUCGUCAGCGUCCUCGUCGACCUCCGGCGUGGGUGAGUGUGCGCUGCGGAAGGGCCACGAGCUGCCUGUGACUGCUGGAGCGAGGGAAUCGGCAGCGCUUCGUCAGGAGGUGGAGACGCUCCGCGCAGAGAUCACGAAGGCGCGACAGACCAUCUUGCACAUGCAGGAGCGAGAGAAGAAGCUCAAGGAGAGACUCGGCGAGAGGGCGUCCCGCGGGCUGGAACGCAGCGGGGCGGCGGGGCGCGUGGAGAACCUCAGCCUCGGGGAACGGCGCCCAUCCGCCCUCGUCCGGCGCUACGGCAACCUCUACGCCCAGGCCAGGGUGGACACUCUCGACGCCCUGGAUGCCCUGCCGGACCUCAAGAACGCGGAGGAACUCAAGUCAAAGCUGCUGUUCAGCGUCGUGGUGCUGGCCUUCCGCUCCGCCUCCGCCUCUGCAGCCUCACUCCGAGAAGAAGUGAGGCGUGUGAUCCAAGUCCCGCCCCCGCCGCCCACGGGAGACAUCCACAGCCAAGACCACUACGCCCACGACCCCCACACCCACGCUCUGGAGGUGGGCGUGUCAGCCUUCCUCACCGCCAACAUCGAUAAGCAUGACUUGACGAAGAAUGUGGAUGAGGUGUGCCAGCAGAUCUGGGCGACGCUGUACGACUACCCGGCCCUCAAGUCGUGCGAGGGCCUCCUGCAGUACAUCAAGGACUGCGUGCGCCUGGCGUGGGGCCUCAGCAACCAGACGCCGGCCUUUGUGAUCGACUACGAGACCCGAGUCUUCCGGAAGGAGUACCACGUCCGGUUCCACACUGCCGACCCGGAGAGCGACGCCAUCAAGACCUACCUGUGGCCGGCGCUGCUGGAGGGUCCUGGGGGGACGUGCGUGCAGAAGGGCGUCGUCAUCACCUAAGGGAUGGAUGGAUGGCGGAGGAGGAAGGGGGGGGGGGCGCCUUGUGUGUCGAGGUGUCGAUGAGGGGAGGACUCGCUGGGGCGGAGGGGUCGAGAACUAGGGUACCCCUCCCUGCCCUCACCCCUACCCCCCCAUCUUCCUGGACUGGUGUACUGUACAUACAUUUCGCUGUACAUAAAAAAAAAACUGUACAUUUCUCUACGUACAACGGACAACAGAAGCUCCACAGAGAAAGUAGUGGGACCUUGUAUACUACGAAGAAUUAAUGUACUCAGUUUCUCUACAUAUGUAUAUCUUUACCGAAUGUGUAUUAUACUAACUUGUAAUUAAGUUUUAUUAGGGAAAUGGAUAUUUGCUGUUUAGGCUCAUUAUGAAAUGUUUAUUGAAUUUUAUUGUCUGUUUGUUUAUAAGGGAAGAGUUAAAUUGGAUGUAUAAAUGAAGAAAUGAUGAUGUAUUUUAAUAGGAUUAAUUGUAUUCUUUAGUUAAAUGAAUGUUUUUUUUGAUAUCGUAGGUGUGUGUAUAUUGGAAGAGGUAUUUGCGUGUAGUGUUUAUUGUAAAUUUAUGAAAUCAAAAAAGUUAUUCACCUCAGCUUGAAAGUUUUUAGCUUUUUUUUUUUUUUUUUUUUUUAAUUC